GAAGGUAAUGGUGUGCACACUCUGCACACGUUUCGCAUACUUUCCUUGACAAACUAUUGUAGUUCUUAGGCAAUUAUGAGUGUGUGUUAAUGAUGGCUGCAAGUGCGACAAAUAUAUCAGCCCCUAAGAUUCAAGGGUCCCUGAAAGGAGGAAGCAAAAGAACUGUCUUUGUGGUAAACACUGUACCACUUGUCUAUCAGCAAGCAGAAGCCAUUCAAAAGCACACACCGUUUACAGUUGGCAAGUAUGAACACUCUAUGGGAGUUGACUACUGGACUGAUAAGGAG